AUGGCAGUCGUACAAACAAAUUACAAACACUUUUCGCAGAUUGAAAACAGAAGGAAGCAAAAGAUGUCUAAUUUCUCCAACCCAAAAAUGGUAAAGCUGAGGAGCUCCGACGGCAUAUAUUUUCCGGUUUUGAAGCGCGUGGCCUUAAUGUCGAAGACUCUAAAGAAGAUUAUCGAACAGCCAAUGAGGGCGGACGACGUCAUUCCUCUUAAUAACAUUGAUGCGAAAAUCCUCUCUAUGGUGAUGAAGUACUGCGCUCGGCAUUCUUGUCCUCCUGACGCUGAACAACAAGAACAAGAAGAAGAAGAAGAAGACAAGUUGGAGAGUUUGGAUUUGGAAAUCUUAAAGUGUGAUGAUCAGAACUUGAAGGAUCUCCAUUUUGAAUUCAUGAAGAAUGAGAAGUUGAGGAGAUUCGAUUCUGAAUUCUUGAAGAACCUUGAUCGUGAGGAACUACUCAGUCUAGGAAUUGCCGCAAAGCAUCUGGAUGUUCAUGGGCUCUCUCUAAUUGUCUACAAGAAACACGCUGAAACACUCAAGGAUAUGCCCGCCGAGGAGAUUUCUCAAUAUUUCGGUAUGAAGACUACUCGCGAAGAUAUUGAUGACGAAUAA